CGACGCGCUCACACUGGAAGAGUUGCACUUAAAUACAGAGUGCCCCCGGCGAGCUCUCUUCAUCCCAUUCUCAAGCCUCUGAGCUCUUCCCCUUUCUCUCUCUCUCUAGAACUAGACCUAGAAUAACUCUCUCUCUCUCUGAGUUUCACCGGCGGCGUCCGCUCAAAUCGGCCAAAUGGAAGUCGAAACCCACUCUCCGGCGACCUUCAAUGUCGUCGACUCCGGCAGCCGCGCUUCCUAUUCCUCCUUCAUCGAUCCACCGAAGCUCUGCACCUCGGGGUUCCGGCGCUCCGCCGACAGCUUCGGACGCGAGAAAUUCGACGAUGGCGACCUGGAUUUCGCUGCCUUCGAUAAUGUUGGCGGCAACAGUAGUUCUCAGUCCAUUUUGCGUUCUGAAUCGGGGUUUUACGCUGCAAAUGGUACCGAUCGUAGCGGCUUUGCCUCCUCCGGAGCGGUGGAGGCGGAGGACAAGCUGCAGAGGUGCACGUCCAACGCCGCUAUGAAGGUGCAGAAGGUGUACCGGAGCUACCGUACCCGGCGCAUGUUAGCAGAUUCUGCUGUGGUUGCUGAAGAGCUCUGGUGGCAAGCUCUUGACUAUGCUCGAUUGAAUCACAGUACAAUUUCAUUCUUCAAUUUCUUGAAACCAGAAACAACCACUUCUCGCUGGAAUCGAGUUAGGUUAAAUGCUUCAAAGGUGGGUAAGGGCUUGUCUAAAGAUGAAAAGGCUCAGAAAUUGGCAUUUCAACAUUGGAUUGAAGCGAUUGACCCACGACACCGUUAUGGGCACAAUUUGCAUUUUUACUAUGAAGAGUGGUGCGUGUCUGAUUCGGGCCAGCCGUUUUUCUUUUGGUUGGAUCUUGGAGAUGGUAGGAAGGUUGAUCUGAAAAAAUGCCCAAGGUCAAAGCUUCAGCAGCAGUGCAUUAAAUAUCUUGGACCACAAGAGAGAGAUCAUUAUGAAUAUGUAGUUGUUGAGGGGAAAGUUGUGAAUCAUCAAACAGGAAAGCUUCUUGAUACAACCAAAAGUUCACCAGGGGUUAAAUGGAUUUUUGUGAUGAGCACCACCAAAAAGCUCUAUGCUGGGGAGAAAAAGAAGGGAAUAUUUCACCAUUCAAGUUUCCUUGCUGGUGGGGCUACUUUAGCUGCUGGGAGACUUGUGGUAGAAGAUGGUACACCUAAAUGUAUUUCACCCUACAGCGGACACUACCGGCCAAGUGAUGACAGUCUCAACACCUUUCUGUUAUUUCUCAAGGAAAACGGUGUCAACCUUGAUGAGGUUCAGAUUAAGAAGGCGAACGAAGAGUAUGAGAACUACGAAGAGCAGCGAAAGGCAACCAAUAAAUCUACUCCUAAAUCUGAAAUCCCAACGCAUUCGGCUCCUCCACCACCACCACCACCACCGCCGUAUAUUCCACCAAACGAGGAGAAUAGAGUCAUGUCCAUAGAAUCGCUGGCGAAGUUGCUGCUGCCCCCAACAGCACCCGUGCCUGUUCCUGCACAUAAUCCACCUACUGCCACCUACAAAAGGACACUCUCUGGGGGCCUUCAGGGCCUGAUGACUGAGGUCCCAAAGACUGCAAUCCUGAGGAGGAUCAACUCGAAGAACGCGUCAAGCUCCUACCAGUUGGGGCAGCAGCUGUCGCGGACAUGGUCGACCGGUGCUGGCCCGCGGAUCGGGUGCGUUGCUGAUUACCCGGCCGAGCUCAGGUCACAGGCCUUGGAGCUCACUAACCUCACACCCAAACCCGCUCCUGGAUACCCGGGCCUCAUUUCGUCCGCAGCCCGUGCCUCGUCAGUCCCACUCUCAUACUUUUUACUCCCUUAAAACAAAUGCUUUUCUCUCCGUCGUCGUCCCCGACCUCCACAUAUGUUUUGAAGCUGUUGUGUACUUUUUUCCUUUGUGUUUAAUUUGUUGUGCCUGCAUGCAUGUUCCUGCUCCUGGGGAGUGAGCAGAGGUUAAUUAAUUAGUAUUGUAGUAUUUGUCUGGCGUAUGGACUUGUCAUGUAACUUGAUGAAAAAUCUCACUAUCGAUCUUUCUCGUAGGUUUUUACUCUCCGUAUUAGUGUGUAGCAUUGGGAAAUAAAAGGCUGGUGAUUUU